AUGCAGUUUAGGUUUUCGUGUGUCUUUCUGAUAACCUUUCUCUUGUUCUGGCACCCAUUGGUUUUUCUUUUUUUUCUUCUAUUUUUUCAUUCUCUCAAUCCUCUCCAGUUCUCUCUGUGUAGGUUGCGGACCCAUCAGUGGUGUUUUUUGCUCUUCAACGUUGUGCUGUUCCACGCUCUGCUGUUUGGGGCAGACUUUGUUGAGGAGUACCUCCUCCAGCCCACCCCGGGUGUAUACACCGACAGCAUGGUCCUGGACAUUAGAGAGCGGGCCAGGAAACUGGACCUGAGUGGCUCCCAGGACAACGUGUCCCAGUCUUACCCCAUCAGCAACCCCAAGGCCUGCCUCAACUCCGACCUUUUCCUCCUCACGUUUGUCUUCAGUUACCCCGGCAACGUCAGCCAGCGGGAUGCGGUGCGUGCCACCUGGGCCAACCUAUCACACGUACAGGGUUUCCCCGUGCGGACGCUGUUCUUCCUAGGCUCCUCCCCCUCGUCGGCCAACCAGGAGGCCGUCCUGAGGGAGUCGGGCCGCCACGGUGACCUGGUCCAGGGUCACGUGACCAUGACAAACUCUUUGCGCAGCCAGACUGAGCGGACCGUCUUGGUGCUGCGCUGGGUCAUGGCUUUCUGCCCCAUGGCCCGGUUUCUGCUACUGGCUGAGGAGGUCGUGUUUAUCAACCUGCCCGCCGUUGGUGGGUACUUGCUGGGGCUGCGCAGGCACCCGGAGGACUUGUACCUGGGGAGGGUGAUCCACAAAGACCCCCCGAACCGAGACCCCUCCAGCCCCAGCUACUUAUCCCCUGCCCUCUACCCCAGACGUUACCUCCCCGACUACUGCUCUGGCGCCGCUUUCGUCCUCUCCCAGGACGUGGUCAGGAAGGUGUACGUGGCCUCUUCCAUCGUCCGAUCCCCGGUACCGUCUGAUGUGUUCGUGGGCCUGUGCGCCCAGAAGGCUGGAGUGGUGCCCGUCCACAGCGCCAGGUUCUCGGGGGACAAGCACGUCCGCUACAACGCCUGCUGCUACCGUUGGCUGUUCAGCUCGGCAGGGGUGGGGGCGGAGGAGCUGGGGCGGGUGUGGGGAGGUGUGGGGCAGGAGGAUGAUGGUUGCUCCCUCCUGGAGACCUACUAUGGCCUGGUGGCCUGCAAGGCCCUCACCUACUUGGACAAACUCUCCUCGAGCUCCCAGCGGCAGGCGGUCAACAACUCGAAUGGAUUUUAAGUCUUUUUUGGGGUGUAUGUGGGAAUAUAUGGGCACACAAAGUGAUUGAAGUGAAUGUGUCUGUUCUAAGGCCUUGUGCCCACAGUUGUGCUGUGUUUAUGUGUGAGUCCAAGUGGAGAACGUUUUGUGUGUCGUCGUUCUUGUCAGGCAGGGUGAGUGACGUGGAAUGCUGACUGGAGCAGACUCAUGGCAGGGGGCCAGACAAACAGACAGUAGAUAUUCUAGAAGGCAGGAGUGACCAGUGGAACCAGACUGCUGAAGUGAGGAGCGAUGCCUUCCUAUAGUAUCAAGUUUCAUUGUUGACAGGAGUGCGGCUCCCCCCGCUGGCUUCUUACACAUUUACAUCAUAAAGGGACGACAUUGAACUAUAAAUUCUGCUCUGUAAUAUGAACGUGGCUGAGAGUGAUUAUAUCAUAUCUAAUAAAGCCUUCUUUGCUCUGUGGGUUCUUGCAUUGCUUUGUGUUUUCUGGGCCAGCACCAGAACCUCCUGACCUCUGGACCAGAUCCCUGCUCUGUAUCCGUUCUGCGGUAAAAAAAAAUGGGUCCCUGAGGUCCAAUACCAA